AAGAACGUCUUGACGUAAAAUCUGAAUCUGACAGAAAAACUCACAACAGUUUACUCAGGCCGGGUAAUAGUCAUAGUUAGUCAUAAUCAUCAAGACAACCUGGAAGAGACGGAUGUAUCUAAGAAUAUUACACAGCAUGGACUUUAUCUAAAUAUCGUUACAGCAAGAUGUGAAAUGACCCAGGAGAAAAUACCGACUGAGACCAACGACAUCAUGUUGGUCCGAAACAUGAGAGAUGGGACCCCUCACACCACCGGCCGUGCCAAGGUGUCCCAUGCAGUUGUGGUCAUCUUUCUAGAGUUCUUUGCUUGGGGGCUGCUUACAACACCAAUGCUGACUGUUCUUCAUGAAACGUUCCCACAGCACACAUUUCUCAUGAAUGGUCUGAUUCAAGGUGUUAAGGGGUUGCUGUCUUUCCUGAGUGCCCCUCUGAUAGGUGCCUUAUCAGAUGUUUGGGGCAGGAAGUCCUUCCUGCUGGUUACAGUGUUCUUCACCUGUGCCCCAAUCCCCCUAAUGAGGAUAAGCCCAUGGUGGUAUUUUGCCAUGAUAUCAGUCUCGGGCGUCUUCGCUGUGACUUUCUCUGUAAUAUUUGCAUAUGUUGCAGACAUCACUGAAGAACAUGAAAGAAGCACAGCAUAUGGACUGGUGUCAGCAACGUUUGCCGCCAGUUUGGUCACGAGUCCCGCCAUCGGUGCCUACCUUUCUGCAAAUUACGGCGACAGUUUGGUGGUGCUAGUGGCCACUAUCAUCGCAGUGGUGGAUAUCGCCUUUGUCCUUUUGGUCGUGCCAGAAUCUCUCCCAGACAAAAUGAGACUGACGUCCUGGGGGUCGCCUAUCUCUUGGGAGCAAGCUGACCCCUUUGCUUCUCUUAGGCGAGUGGGAAAGGACCCGACAGUGCUGCUUAUAUGUGUCACAGUGUUCCUGUCCUACUUGCCAGAGGCAGGCCAAUACUCCAGUUUCUUCCUCUACCUGCGACAGGUUAUUGAAUUCUCACCUGCAGCAAUUGCUGCUUUUAUAGCAAUGGUCGGGAUCCUCUCUAUUAUCGCUCAGACAUUGCUCUUAACCUAUUUUAUGAGAACUAUCGGGAAUAAAAACACAGUGUUGCUUGGACUGGGGUUUCAGCUGUUCCAGCUAGCCUGGUAUGGCUUUGGAUCAGAACCAUGGAUGAUGUGGGCUGCGGGUACAGUCGCAGCCAUGUCCAGUAUCACCUUCCCUGCAGUCAGUGCUUUGGUGUCCCGGAUAGCAGCCUCUGAUCAGCAAGGAUGUGUCCAGGGAAUGAUUACGGGUAUCAGAGGCCUAUGCAAUGGGCUGGGUCCAGCUCUGUACGGCUUCAUAUUCUUCCUGUUCAACGUGGAGCUGAACGAGCUUGACCCUAUGACAGGAAGAAACAAAAGCACACCUCAGGAACCCAGCGAGAAACCGACCAUUCCCGGUCCGCCCUUCCUGUUCGGAGCCUGUUUAGUGGUGCUGGCUCUCCUUGUGGCCAUCUUCAUCCCUGACCACAGAARUAUGGCAGUGAAGACCUACACGAACACGCGCAAAAUCAGCACCAGCAACAACCUCCAGAGUUUAAACCCCCUGCCUGCCAGUGAAGAGGACAUAGAGCCUCUCCUGCAGGACAGCAGCAUGUGAUUGUCUGAAAGGGACUCCAACAUGAGCCCCCCUAAUGGUCCCCAAACUACAACCUCAACCAGCAGCAGCUGACAUGGAGCCAUUCAGGGUAUAUCCUUCAACCACAUUGAACACACAGUUCUGUUUCUACGAUUAGGGAACGGUCUUUUGUCCAGCGAGAUGGUUUUAUCGUUUACUGUGAUUUUACAUUGCGACAAGGACAGAAACAAUGCUGAGUUGAAGAGAUGACCGUAAGCUCUGCUGGUUUCUCAUGCUUAAAGAACCCCCCUCCUAUUAAUGGGUUUAAAAGGCCAAUCAAUGCCCACUCCAGCUUUAUGUUAAUAAAAUAUUGACCUGUAUCUCAUCAAAGUUACUGUGCAAUCUAGAUUGUAAAAGGAUUGGUGUAUAGUUAGGUAAAUACACUACAUGACAAAGUAUGUGGACAUCUGCUCUUASACCAUCUCAUUCCAAAAUCAUGGGCAUUAAUAUG